ACAAAACAAUCUUGACUGUCUUUUAGUAUUUGCUAACCUUUUUUCUCAUGGAAUUCUCACCUAGGGCCCAAUUUAAAUUCAAGGUGCAACCUUCACAAAGGAAACUCAUCUCUUGGUAUAACAUAGUCUCUUUGUGUCAAGGGCCACUUUGUGUGAUCAAAAAGAUGAGAGGAAAGCCAGCUUCAGCAAAAACCAUUCUGUUCCUAUGCAUUGCUUGCUUUCUUGCUGGAACACUCUUCACUGGUCAAAUGUGGACAAGCCCCUCUUCCAACCAUGAAAGCACCGCGCUAUCGGUCAGACAUGAUGGUGGUCACAAACGAAAAAUAAUUGAAGGUGGUUCCGGGGAUGUGAUUGAGGAAGUCACAAAGACUCGUCAAGCUAUCAAGUCUUUGGACAAGGCAAUUUCAACAUUAGGAAUGGAAUUGACAGCAUCUAAGACAACAAGCCAAAUUGGUGGACAACACCUGAAACAACAACAUGGUUCUAACCAUAGUAUCCAGAAAGCUUUUGUGGUGAUUGGCAUUAACACUGCCUUUAGCAGCAAGAAACGAAGAGACUCGAUCCGCGAAACAUGGCUGCCUAAUGGAGAUAAGCUAAAGGAACUAGAGAAAGAGAAGGGAAUUGUUGUGAGAUUCAUGAUUGGACAUAGCACAACACCAGGAAGCAUUCUUGAUAAAUCAAUUGAUGAAGAAGAAGCAGAACACAAUGAUUUUCUUAGGUUAGACCAUGUUGAGGGCUACCUUGAAUUAUCAUCCAAGACAAGACUGUUCUUUUCAACAGUUACUUCCAUGUGGGAUGCUGAUUUCUAUGUCAAGAUUGAUGAUGACAUACAUUUAAAUCUUGGUAGGUUGGUGACUACACUUGCGAAGUAUCGGUCAACACCCCGCGUCUAUAUUGGUUGCAUGAAAUCUGGUCCAGUUCUAUAUCAAAAAGGGGUAAAGUAUCAUGAGGCUGAAUAUUGGAAAUUUGGAGAAGAAGGAAACAAAUAUUUUAGGCAUGCCACAGGACAACUAUAUGCCAUUUCUAGGGAUCUUGCAGACUAUAUAUCCAAUAAUUGGCCCAUAUUGCAUAGAUAUGCAAAUGAAGACGUGUCUCUAGGAGCAUGGUUAUUGGGCUUAGAAGUUGAACAUGUUGAUGAACGUUCCAUGUGUUGUGCCACACCCCCAGAUUGUGAAUGGAAGGCAAGGGCAGGAAACAUGUGUGUGGCUUCUUAUGAUUGGAAAUGCAGUGGCAUAUGCAAAUCUGUGGAGAGAAUGAAAGAUGUUCACAAAGCUUGUGGGGAAGGAGAUGGAGCUGUUUGGAAUGUUGAAAUCUAAUUCAUAAGUAAUUAUUUAGAGUAAAUUGUCAACAUUUCCUUUUGAGAGAUGAUAUUUGAGUAAACUUUCAUCUUGUUUGGAUUUUUAAUUUCCAAUAUAGU